GUUUUGACAGUUAACGUUCGUGACAGGUGACGUUUGCGUGUUCCAAAAAGGAAGAAGUGUUUUUGCAUUUAAUUACAAAAAAUAAUAAAAAAAGAUGGACCCAACCCUCAACAAAGAAAUUCUUGAUCAGUUCCGCCAAAAUUUCUACUCCGACGACAAAAACAUUUUCGCACAAAAUGUUUGUUCACGGGUCGACCCCUUCGAGGUGUGUCUGUCUCGAAAAACCCUCGAAGAAACGCACCAUGUGUAUGAGUACAAAGUGGAAAGUGAGGCUAAACCUGUCAGUAACCAAAAGAAUUCAGGGCGCUGCUGGAUAUUUGCGACUUUGAACGUAAUUCGACUACCUUUCAUGAAGCACCUCAACAUCGACGACUUUGAAUUUUCACAAGCUUAUUUGUUCUUUUGGGAUAAAAUCGAGAGGUGUAACUUUUUCUUGAAUAAUAUCGUGGAGACGGCGAAAAGGGGUGAGAGCGUGGAUGGACGACUCGUCUCAUUCUUGCUAAACGAUCCCAUUUCAGACGGUGGUCAGUGGGACAUGGUCGGUAACUUAAUCAACAAACACGGUUUGAUACCGAAAAAGUGUUUCCCAGAGUCAUUCAGUUGCGAAUCCAGCGCAAAAAUGAACCAAAUUCUCAAGACUAAACUACGAGAAUAUGCGAAAGUAAUCCGCGACCUUAUCUCUAAAGGUGAAGGCGACUUAAAAGUACAAAACAUGAUUCGAGAGCAGAUGAAUAAUAUUUAUCGUAUUGUUGGAAUCUGCUUAGGAGUACCCAACGAAACUUUUACUUUUAAUUAUUAUGAUAAAAAUAAGACUUACCAUAGCAUCGGCCCUAUUACACCCAAAGCUUUUUAUGAAGAACACGUCAAGCCAGUUUUUGAUGUUGAUAACAAAGUAUGCAUAGUUACCGAUCCUAGACCUUCGAAUGAGUAUGGCAAAGUGUACACUGUCGAUUGUCUGGGAAAUGUAGUAGGAGGCCGAGCUUGUAUAUACAAUAAUCAACCAGUCGAGUUAUUACUAGAAGCAACGGCCAAGUCUAUUAAGGAUGGUGAAGCUGUAUGGUUCGGUUGUGAGGUUAUGAAGCGCUUUGCUGGAAAGCAAGGAAUUUUAGACUUACAAGUUCACAAUUUUCCACUUGUUUUCGGAGUGGAUAUUCAAGCGACGAUGAGUAAAGCUGAUCGGUUGAUUUAUGGAGAUAGUGCCAUGUCUCAUGCUAUGGUCUUCACGGCUGUCAGUUUAGAUGAGCAGGGUACCGUGACGAAGCUGCGUGUCGAGAACUCCUGGGGCGAAGACCGCGGCGAAAAAGGCUAUUUGAUAAUGAGCACCGAAUGGUUCAAAGAAUACGUAUUUGAAGUUGUAGUCGAUAAGAAGUAUAUUCCUCUGGAUGUCCUCGAUGUUUUUAAACAAGAACCUAUCGUCCUGCCGGCGUGGGACCCCAUGGGAACUCUUGCCAAUGUUUCAUAAUUUUACUGUAUUAACCCUAUUUUGAGGGAAAUAUAUUAAUCAAUACAUUAUGAAUGCAUU